CGACACGGCUUCUGCCACUGACGUCGUGGGCUGCGCGCCGCAGCAUGCCAGGCGGUGAGUGAGCCGUGAGCUCAUGUAUGUCUUCGUCCUUGUCUUAGCUUCUUCCUACCUGAAAGUCCGGACCGCCUGUCCACAGGCCCCUCCGCAGCGACAGAGGCGGCCGCAGGCGGUUCUGAGAAGUCCAAGGGUUACUGGGAGAGGUUGGUGAGUGACAUGGAGAUUACAUGUGUCUUGGAGGUUGCACGCCAGGGCCUGUACUGACCACAUCCACGUGCCACUGGGGCUCUGAGGAGGAAUGGCGGCAGUGGGCAGCCUGCUUGGCCUACUAAGAUGCAGCGCUGUGAAGGCCACCGGGCCUGCACUCCGCUGCCUGCAUACGUCCUCCUGGCGGGCUGACAGCAGCAGGGCCUCACUCGGUCGUGUGCGCCGCCAGGCCUAUGCACGUCUCUAUCCCGUGCUGCUGGUGAAGCAGGAUGGCUCCACUGUCCACAUCCGCUACAGGGAGCCACGGCGCAUGCUGGUGAUGCCCAUAGAUCUGAACACCCUGACUCCUGAGGAGCGCCGGGCAAGGCUGCGGAAACGUGAGGCUCAGCUCCAGCGGACAAAGGACUACGAGCAGGAGCUCAGCGAUGACUUUGAUGUGGAGCGCUACCGACAGUUCUGGGCCAAGACCAAGAAGUGACUGUGGCUCCAGCCACACUGGGACAUUGCUAAGAUGGGAGAGCAGUUCUUAAAUCACACGCUGUCAAAGCUGCCACAUGGA